AUGGAACUGGACGAAGGCGAAAUUGUGGACGAAGGAGAAAGUCUGUUAACCAACGGGUCCGACAGCAAACUAGCAGAAGAGAAGCCUACUACCGAACCACAGCCUGCUGAACCGUCGAACAAUGGCGUUGACGAACCAGAGGAAGGGGAGCUUACAGAAGAAGGAGAGCUUGUUGAAGACGACAUGCCUCGCCGCAGUCGAUCGCCAAGUCUGCGGUUUGGGUCACAAGGGGGACAAACGCCAGGACUUCCCACGCCCGAAGUCCUCGACACCCCUUCUCGGGCAGAGACGGUCGUAGAAGUGGAUAGAGGACCUAGUCUGCAGGAGACAAUCGCUCGGUACAAAGGGCUGGACAGCUAUGACGACUAUGAGCCUAACGAGAAGGUGGGACAAGGCACCUUUGGAGAAGUGGUAGUGGCAAGGCACAAGCGUACGCACGAGAAAGUAGCCUUGAAGCGUAUCAUUGUGCACAAGAAGCACGAAGGGUUGCCCAUAACAUCUGUCCGGGAGAUCAUCAUUCUGAAAGCUCUCCACCACGAGAACAUCAUCAGACUGAACUCGCUUGCGUUCAGUAAAGGAAACGAAGCGGAAUACGAACCAGCUCAGAUCUAUAUGGUGUUCCCAUACAUGGACCAUGAUCUCUACGGUCUCUUGAAGAAUGCCCAAGUGAUGCUGUACCCAGCACAAAUCAAGUCAUUUGCGAAGCAGAUGCUCGAUGGUCUAAACUAUCUGCAUACGAACCGAAUGUUGCAUCGUGAUAUGAAGAGUGCUAACAUUCUCGUCGACGAUAGGGGUCACUUGACGAUUGGAGACUUUGGCCUUGCCCGGCGGCAUGUCACCUACGGAAACUCCGUUACGACAUUGACUCCGACGGUGGUAACACUAUGGUAUCGACCGCCUGAAAUCUUACUGGAAGAGAAGAAGUACAACUCUGCGGUGGACAUGUGGGGGUUUGGGUGCAUCUUCGCAGAGAUGUGGGACCGGCAUCCGUUGUUUCAAGUCGGAACUGAGGCGUUGGCCUUGGACAAGAUCUUCACGGUGUGUGGGACGCCUAACGCGAUAGAUUGGCCGUCGUUUCCUAGCAUUUUGGAGAGACAGAAGUUGGAGCCACGGAAGGAAACGCGGAAAGUUCGAGAGAUGUACCGUCCAGAUCGCUUCGACUUCCAUACCAUCAACUUCCUGGACGCUCUACUGAAAGUGAAUCCCGCAAAGCGGCUGACCGCGAAAGAAGCCCUGGCACACGAAUACUUCCAAGUUGAGCCCCUACCAGCACAGCCAGGAACUAUCGACUUCCCAGGCUGGCCCGAGUCUCACGAAAUGGCUAUUCAGGAACGCCUCAACGGCGAGCGUGAACGGGCACAUCAGAACGCUAGACGGCGAGGGGAGGCAACUCCUAGAUACGAGUCCAACUUACCGCUUCACGGCGACGUGCUUCUCAUACAAGGCGUACCGACACCCCGCCGCCCAUUACCGGUGUCUGAUCGAGUUUGUCACCUCCUCCCGAGCGACGGCACGACCAUCGACACCGCUCCGGCCAUCCGAGUCGUGAGACGAACGGACAUUACUAUCCCCCGCAAGAUCGCUGGCAAAACGGUGGUGGACGAUCGCACGACGACCCUGGAGAACACGAUCGGCAUGAGAGGAAUCACGAUACCCCUGAUAGACGCCGUAACGGCCACCACCACAGAGAGCGAGGGCCAUCAAUCGACCGGGAGCGAUCACUUCAUCGAGAUCGAAGCAGAGGCCCCGACACAGGUCGAGACAGGAGUCGAGACAGGCAUGGCAGGGCCGACAGGGAUGCAGGCAGACCCCCUCAUGAUAGAGGAGAUUCGCGGAGGAACCCUGACAUCCCGCCCCCGCGGAGGUCUCCGGCGCCAUCGCCGGGAGCACCCGCACGGCGUCCUCCGGCGUCUAGACCGCGUAUCUCUUAUGAUUGAGGCGAUUACACUUCGUCGGCCGAACCAACAACCGGCGAACCACCAGCCCCCACAGAUCACAAUCGCCCCAAUGUCCGCUUCCGUAGCAAUAAACAACCUCCGAGCGUACACCCCCCACGCCGACGUCUACGGCCGGGACCGACGGGCAGCCGUCCUCGUAGGCCUGGUUUACGACAGCAACACCAUCUCCAUCACGGACGUGUUGUCCGCGAAGGACGAUGUAGUGCCGAGGGAUUCCCAGCUGGAUGUGUGGUUGACCUUGCGGUCGUCGAAGAUGAGGAGUCAUGCGGGGGAGGUUGCGUUGCCUGGAGGCAGGUACGAAACGGACGACGAGACUCUGAUCAGCACAGCGUUGCGGGAAGCCGAGGAAGAGAUCGGGCUUCAGCAAGAGAGUGUCGAGUCCGUAACCUGCCUCCCCCCCUUCCCCUCCAAAAACCUCCUCCUCGUAACCCCCGUAAUCGGCAUCGUUCCCCGCGGAUUCAUCCCGACCCCGAACCCUGCAGAGGUGUCCGCAUGCUUCACGGCGCCCUUGAAGAUGUUCCUGAGCGAUCGGAACCAUAAGUUUACGGAUGUGGUCAGGUUUGAUGGGGUGUAUCGGUUGCAUGUGUUUGAGUUGACGGUGGGAAGUGUUACGUUUCGGAUAUCAGGAUUGACGGCGGAUAUCUUGAUAUCGGUUGCGGAAAUCGCGUACCAGCAAGCGCCUGAGUUUGAGGCGUUGGCGCCUGGGCAGCCGCCGGUGGGGGAGAUUGUGGCGCAUGUGGUCUCCAAAACGGGCGCCGAGUCAAGACUGUGA